GAAAAAGGAGAGCCGAAAGUAAGCCAAAAGAAGGAAGUCCUUUGCUCAGAACAUGUCGACGUGCAACAGGCCUGGCGAAGCCGGGGUCCAUCUGCGCCUCUCCGGUCCUACCCAGAAGCUGAAAACCACCAAAAUUCCGAACUCCAGUAAUGGUGGUUUUUUGGAGGCGGGCGCAGAAUGGCCAGCAGCGCCCGCUGUUUCGACGGUGGAGGCACGUGUACGACUGAGGAUUGCUGGUCGAGGUUCUCUUUCCAAAAGCAUCAUGACAAACAUGGAUUUAACUUUCCUUUAUAUCAAGUCGAAGAACAGUGUUUGGAGGUAAAUCAAUCGCCUCCCCUCACACACCCAUUUUAUCAAUUCGUCAAAGUAAUUCACACCUUUGCAUGCAUGGUUGAUUUUUUUGUUAGCUAUGCAGAUAUUUUCCUAGGGAAAUAUUAAUUUGAUGUUACAUUGUGAUAAGAGACUUAGACAUUUCACACUUUUGAGAUUUUUUUUGCGAUUUUACAUUUAAGCUGAUUUCCUUUUGGACCUUAACAGCUCCCCAAUUACCUAGUAUAUGUAGGGAGGAGGUUAAACAAUUCUUGGUAAAUGAACAAUUUUUUUUUAU